GAAUCGGUUCGCUUACGGUUUCUGAUCGUACGUGUACUGGUGUUCUCUGCUCUCAUCCUUUAUCUAGAGAUAUUAGAUUGGAUAUAAGCAAACCAUCAAGGCAUCAAUGGUGGAAAGUUGGUGAAGAAGAUCAAAUCUUCAUGAAACUGUUGGUGUCUGGUGGAGAAGAUUAAAUGAACAUGAUGUAACUCAAAAGGUUGGUAUAUUGUUAGAGUUAUAUCAAGCCAUUUCCAUUUUUAUAACACAACGUAAUUUUAUUUUAUAAAUUCAAAAAACCCAUGUAGCUAACCCUUAAUUUUGCAAUUACUAUAUGAAACAUUUCUAAUACAUUAAACUUUUACUUGAUUUUAAUGGUAAACUUGACAUGUUUAGUUAUUUGACAAAAAACAAAGCACCUUCACCCACAUAGGCCUAUAGUAUGACACUUUUGUGUUCUAGUGGGUGAAAAAAGCAUCGAUUUUCCAAUUUCACAGGCUCCUAGUUAGAUAUUUUGAAGCUCAGUGGCCGAAAUCUCAUGUUACACCGCACUGAUAUUGUUACUGUUGUUGAUAGUAUUUGUAUAUUCAAGAAUUUAUCUCCUACACUCUGGUUGAUUCUUCAUUGUUUCAUUUGUUAAGAAUAGUAUACACUGGAUGCUGUGAUGGCACCUAGACGAAUGCCCAGGCUGAUGGGUAUGUUAUCAGGGUAUUCUGCCACAACUGUUGCCUGGUUUUAUUAACCUCUUUUUUGCUGAGUGUUGACAAUUUUGUUCAAGACUGUAGUAAAAAGCAAUUAUUUUCUUGAAACAUCUGAAAUGUUGUGCGUUGUCUUCUCCUAUGACUCUGAUGGUAAUUUGUGGACUCCAAAUUACUUAAGUUGUUCACCUCGCUUACAUUCAAAUUUAUGGGCACAGAUAGAGUCUCUAUCACUUACUUUCCAUGGACACGAUCUUAUUGUUGAUUCAGAGCUGGAGCUCAACUAUGGGAGACGAUAUGGAUUGCUUGGAUUAAAUGGCUGCGGUAAAUCUACACUUCUUACUGCAAUUGGACUGCGAGAGCUUCCCAUUCCAGCGCACAUGGAUAUAUUCCAUCUUACGAGAGAGAUUGAAGCUUCUGAUAUGUCCUCACUUGAGGCUGUGAUGAAUUGCGAUGAAGAGAGGCUGAAAUUGGAGGAAGAAGCUGAACGAUUGAUUGGACAGGAUGAUGGUGGUGGAGAAGCUUUGGAACGAGUUUAUGAACGUUUGGAGGCCAUGGAUGCAUCUACUGCUGAGAAGCGUGCUGCGGAGAUUCUUAAUGGUCUUGGUUUCAACAAGAAUAUGCAAGAAAAGAAAACACGCGACUUUUCUGGUGGUUGGAGAAUGCGGAUUGCUUUGGCCCGUGCUCUGUUUAUGAAUCCCACAAUCUUGUUGCUUGAUGAACCCACAAAUCAUCUCGAUUUAGAAGCUUGUGUCUGGUUGGAGGAGACCCUAAAGAAGUUUGAACGCAUACUGGUGGUGGUCUCGCACUCUCAAGACUUUUUAAAUGGCGUGUGCACCAACAUAAUCCAUAUGCAAAAUAAGAAAUUGAAGUUGUACACUGGGAAUUUCGACCAAUAUGUUCAGACGCGGUCUGAACUAGAAGAGAACCAGAUGAAACAGUAUAAGUGGGAGCAGGAUCAGAUUGCUUCAAUGAAAGAGUACAUUGCUCGGUUUGGACAUGGGUCGGCUAAGCUGGCCCGACAGGCGCAGAGCAAGGAAAAGACCCUGGCCAAAAUGGAACGUGGUGGUCUUACAGAAAAGGUCACUCGGGAUAAAGUUCUUGUUUUCCGGUUUACUGAUGUGGGUAAGCUUCCUCCACCAGUGCUACAGUUUGUGGAAGUUUCUUUUGGUUACACACCUGAUAACCUCAUUUAUAAGAAUCUUGACUUUGGAGUUGAUCUUGAUUCACGGGUUGCAUUGGUGGGACCCAAUGGAGCUGGUAAGAGCACAUUGUUAAAACUGAUGACUGGGGAGUUGGUUCCACUUGAUGGCAUGGUAAGACGGCACAAUCACUUGAGGAUAGCUCAAUUUCACCAACACUUGGCGGAAAAGCUCGACUUAGAAAUGUCGGCUUUGACUUAUAUGAUGACCGAGUAUCCUGGAAACGAGGAAGAGAAGAUGCGGGCAGCCAUUGGGCGGUUUGGUCUGACAGGGAAAGCACAAGUGAUGCCUAUGAAGAACCUUUCAGACGGUCAAAGGAGCCGAGUGAUCUUUUCGUGGUUAGCAUAUAGGCAACCACAUAUGUUACUUUUGGAUGAACCUACUAACCAUCUGGAUAUAGAAACAAUUGACUCGCUAGCUGACGCGUUGAAUGAUUGGGAUGGUGGUUUGGUGCUUGUUAGCCAUGACUUCAGGCUCAUUAACCAGGUGGCUCAGGAGAUUUGGGUGUGUGAGAACCAAGCCGUGACUCGUUGGCAAGGUGAUAUUAUGGCUUUUAAGGAGCACUUGAGGAGCAAGGCUGGUCUGUCUGACUAAGAGCCGUAUAUAUACAUUAAAUCAGUCAAAUCGACGUUUAUACAAACUGAAAGGGAGGCACACGAGAACGAUGGGUGGGGUCCUUACUGAUUAGUACCAUUCCUCCUCUGCCUUUGCUGUCAGUUAUAGUAAUACAUCAUAUUUCGUUUAAGAAUGAUAAAUAUGAUUAAUUUGGUAAGCCUGUGUCUUCAAAAUCUGGUGUUCAUAGUGGAAACUCUCAGAUAUAAGAGAAAAACAUAAGAAUCUGUCAAUCCUUGACACAUGACAAACCAAAAGUCAGGUUUAUCAGAUUAGUUUGUAUAUAUCAUUACUCUUUCAUUUAACAUUAUGAAUCCAUGUUGAUGACUAUCUAUAUUCUAUAGUCUAGAGAUACCCUAUGAUUGAAUAUUUGGAUGUAUGGAUCUUUUGUUUGAACUGUUUGGAGUUGGGCCUCUGUCCAUAUUGGCUCUAAGGUUGUUUUUUGCCCAGCUACUAGCGAGUGUUGUUUUGGUAUUUUACUAAGGAAUGAUUAAUCUUCUUAA